AUUCGUAGUGGGGAACAGGAAGUUCCGGGUCGAAACGACAGAACUGUGUUGUUUUGUCGAUAGUGGUUGUGUCCGUUUCAAAUGUAUCAUUGUAGACCUUAAUCUGAGGCCAGUAACAUCAACAGUGAGGACAAACGCAACCUGUCUCUCUCCUUCCACACUGAGUAGGAACCUACAGUCACUGUGUCCUGAUUGUGACAGUGGAGCCCAGUUGGCUCUGCAGGAUCCAGAGAUGGCAUCAGUGAAGCUGGAAGACUGCAGUCAAACACUGCUGAAUGUCAACCUUAAAGAUGAAGAAGAAGAGGAGGAGAAGAUUAGGAAAACUGUUAGUCAUGGAUACCAUGUUGAGACAUUCUCCACAUCCAGAGAGCAACAGCAGGAAGAUCAGAGAGCUAAGAUGUCUCAUCACUGCCCACAUUGUGAAGAGAUUUUCCCAUUUCUAUCAAAGCUAAAAAUACACCUAAAAAUACACACAGGAGAGAAGCCUUACUCCUGCUCUGACUGUGGAAAAUGCUUCAAAACAUCAACUGUGCUAAAACGUCACCAGAGAACACACACAGGAGAGAAGCCUUUCUUCUGCCCUGACUGUGGAACUAGUUUCUCUCAACUUUCCCACUUAAAGACACAUGAACGUAUACAUACAGGGGAGAAGCCCUACUCCUGCUCUGACUGUGGAAAAUGUUUUAAAACAUCAAAUCAGCUAAAGGUUCAUCAAAGAACACACACAGGUGAGAAGCCAUACUCCUGCUCUGACUGUGGAAAAUGCUCCACAACAUCAACUGAACUAAAAGUUCAUCAAAGAACACACACAGGAGAGAAGCCUUUCUUCUGCCCUGACUGUGGAACUAGUUUCUCUCAACUUUCCCACUUAAAAUCACAUGAACGUAUACAUACAGGAGAGAAGCCUUUCUUCUGCCCUGACUGUGGAACUAGUUUCUCUCAACUUUCCCACUUAAAGACACAUGAACGUAUACAUACAGGGGAGAAGCCCUACUCCUGCUCUGACUGUGGAAAAUGUUUUAAAACAUCAAAUCAGCUAAAGGUUCAUCAAAUAACACACACAGGUGAGAAGCCAUACUCCUGCUCUGACUGUGGAAAAUGCUUCACAACAUCAGCUGAUCUAAAAGUUCAUCAAAGAACACACACAAGAGAGAAGCCUUUCUUCUGCCCUGACUGUGGAACUAGUUUCUCUCAACUUUCCCACUUAAAGACACAUGAACGUAUACAUACAGGAGAGAAGCCUUUCUUCUGCCCUGACUGUGGAACUAGUUUCUCUCAACUUUCCCACUUAAAGACACAUGAACGUAUACAUACAGGAGAGAAGCCUUUCUUCUGCCCUGACUGUGGAACUAGUUUCUCUCAACUUUCCCACUUAAAAUCACAUGAACGUAUACAUACAGGGGUGAAGCCUUAUUCCUGCUCUGACUGUGGAAAAUGUUUUAAAACAUCAAAUCAGCUAAAGGUUCAUCAAAGAACACACACAGGUGAGAAGCCAUACUCCUGCUCUGACUGUGGAAAAUGUUUAAAAACAUCAAAUGAGCUAAAAGUUCAUCAGAGAAUACACACCGGAGAAAAGCCUUACUCCUGUUCUGACUGUGGUUUAAGUUUCUCUCGAUUGUAUACCUUAAAAAAACAUCAACAUAUACAUGAAGGAGAGAAACCAUACUCCUGCUCUGCCUGUGUAAAAUGCUUCAAAACAGCAACUGAGCUAAAAGUUCAUCAGAGAACACACUCAUGAGAGAAGCCUGCUUACGUCUGCCCUGACUUUUGGGUGAGUUUCUGUCAAAGGCUAGACCAAAGUCAAACGUAUAGCCAAAGGCUGCUUGUUUGAAUCUCAUCAAGGAGGACUUGAGCAUUUUCAGCUAAUUAGCAACUUUGCAACUACUUACUACUUUUUAACUAUGUUAGCAUGUUAGCUUAACAUGCAACUACUUAGCAUGUUAACCUUUACCCUAACCUUUCCCCUAAACCCAUUUAACUCUACCUUAAACCCCUCACCCCUAACCUAGCUAACGUUAGCAACAACAAAUUGGAAUUCGUAACAUACCAUACAUAUUACAAGUUCGUAAUAUGUUGUAUAAAUAGCAAUGCGUAAAAUAACAUACGAAUUGUAAUUCUUAACAUACGAUACAUCCUACAAGUCGUAUUAUACUGAACAACAAUCUAAACGUAACAAGUUCAAAGAUUUAUGGUUCGUAUAAGGAAAUCAAUUUUAAAUAAAUGAGGCCCUAAUCUAUGGAUUUCACAUGACUGGGCAGGGGCUCAUGAAUGGGUGGGACUUGGGAGGGCGUAGGCCCACUUGGGAGCCAGUCCCAGCCAGUCAGAAUGAGUUUUUCCACACAAAAGGUUUUUAUUACAGACAGAAAUACUACUCAUCCCCCCCAGACAAUCCUGCAGGUGAAGAGGUCCUGGGCUGCCGUGGUUACAUGUGAUCUGCAGUCGUGAGGCCGGUUGGAUGUAUUGCCAAAUUCUCUAAAACGAUGAAGGACGUUAGAGGUGGCAGCUCUGGUGGACGUUCCUGCAGUCAUCAUGAGAAUUGCACAUUCCCUAAACUUGAGACUGUGAUGUAGUGUGGCAUUUAUUUAGACUUAAAUGCUCACUAACAGGGAUAUUAACUAAUUUGUGCACAACAUUUGAGAGAAAUAAGAUUUGUGCCUAUGGAACAUCUCUGGAAUGUUUUAUUUCAGCUCAUGAAACCAACACUUUACAUGUUUACUUUAUAUUGUAGUUCAUAUUGGUAGGCCAAUGUCAUGUAACCUAAACAUGCUAAAUGGAGUGGAAUGGAUGUUUUUGUAACAUAAUACGUUUUGCUCUGAGACCAGGUUGUCCCUCUGCAGUAUUCUGUGGGAAGGAGCUAGUAGACACUUCUUACAUUUUUUAUUGAACCUUUAUUUAACUAGGCAAGUCAGUUAAGAACAAAUUCUUAUUUACAAUGAUGGCCUAGGAACAGUGGGUUAACUACCUUGUUCAGAGGCAGAACAACAGAUUUUUACCUUGUCAGCUCGGGGAUUCGAUUUAGCAACCUUUUGGUUACUGGCCCAAUGCUCUAACCACAAGUCUACCUUCCACGCCUAACAUGAAUCAGAUAGAGAUUGUGUGAUGAUCACUUUUCACCAUUAGUUUGGGGGGGAUUCUUUUACAACUUUAUUUAAUGAUACACAGCUUAUGAAAUGAAUCCAUGUGUUUAUUAAUUGUCUUUCAAACUAGAUUAGUUAUUUUAGUUACUGAUCAUGAAUGUGUUUGGAUAACUGCAUUGAAGCAAACUUUAUUGAUCUGCCAAUGAAAAAUAAAGUUACAUGAAUAUGUACUGGUCAACCUC